AUGUCAUUGUUCAAAAAACCAACCAAGAAGAAGCAACGUCAUUUGCGUCAACGUAUAGUCAAUGACGAUAAAAGCACCGAAGAGGAAGAAGCUGAAAUUGCGUGUAAGCUAGAAGGCGUGAAAGAAUUACAAGAAAGUCGUGCACGCAAAAAUGGAUUGAAUGCUGUUGAAUGUGCUUUGGGUAAAGAACUCGCAGCGGAAUUCAUUGCAAUGGAUGAUGAUCCAUUCCGACAACGUGGCGGAGGCAUGCUUCGCUUAUCUGAAGGACGCCAAGCUCAAAUACAUGCGGCAGAUAUCGAAGCUGGCAUACGUGAUCAAUUCAAGAAGGAAAGUUUUCUAAGAGAUGAACAUGAAGAGAUGAAAAAAUAUGUGCAAGCGGAAUUACGCAAACGAAAAGCAGUACAAGACUUAGAAGAUGAUGAUGCAACGACGUCCAAAGUGCCAAGUAUGGAAGAUUCCCUUAUGUGGAAAGCAGCGGAAAAAGUUCGUCUUUUCCAGAGUGAACGUAAUGAUGAACUAUUAUCUAACCAAAUGCUUGCUGGUAUUCCCGAAGUGGACUUAGGCAUUAACGCGAGAAUGAGUAAUAUUAUUGAAACAGAAAAGAAAAAAAGUGAAAUGUUGAAGGAGGUGGUUGAAAAAAGGCGAAAUCUUGCUCAAGAUAGUUUAUUUAGUCAAGAUCGUGCAAAAGAUUUGGCCAAGGAUUACGUACAACAUUCUAUUUUUUAUAUGGAAUCAACCACACGUCUUGGUCAGGAAGACUGGCGCAAAAAGUUGGAACGGCCUGAUACUGAAGCUCAGGUAACACUGACAGAUGCGGAUAGCUUAAGAGGUGAUGCGUCAAUACAUCUAAUGGGAUGUCGUAACUCCACUGUUAAGUCUUUAUGGUGUGCUGAUGAGAGACUUGUUGCCCCUUCGAAAAUUAUCGAUCGGUUGAACAAGGCUCAAUAUUUCACCCAACAGCAAAUCGAAGAAUAUCGACAAUGCUUCACACUAUAUUGUCCUAAAGGAUGUGCACAAAAUGCAUCACAUUUGCGUUAUAUAAUGCGCAGCCUUGGUUACACUCCAACUAUACAGGAAACAAUACAACAUUUCCGUAAAUAUGGACAAAAACUGGACUUUCCAUCCUUUUUGGAAAUUUUGCAUCAGGAAAAUCAGAAAGAUGAUCCAAUACAAGAAAUUGUUGGUGCACUUCGUGGAAUUGAUUCCAAAAAGCAAAAUUGGAUUACAGUAUCUGAGUUCGUUGGUAUUUUAUCAUCAGUUGGUGAGAAAAUGUCACGCGAAGAAAUUUACAAUGUUCUUCAACAAUUAGACAUUAUCGGUGGUCGAGUACCAUUCAAUUCAUUGUUGGAUUUCAUUUUGAACUUCCGUACUGAUAACACUCAUUUUUCUGAUAAUAAUCACUGUGAUAUAUAUAAACAAUGA